AUAAACAAUUGCAGGGAAAAACACUCAUGCAUGUGGCCACAGCGAUAGUUUUGCACAAGUACGUUCAUUUCGCAACAGAUCAUGCACAUAGUCACACCCAUUUACAUAAAUCCAUUCAAUUUUUGUAUAUUCAGUGGCACCAUGCGCAUGAUGCUAUGCUACAUAUACACACACACCUCCCAAAUACAAACAUUCAUCACCAACAACACAAUGUCUCAGCUCGACCUCAGCGGCUUCCGCAAGAGGAAGAGAGGCGAAAAGGUGUUCAAAUUCAAAGUAUUCGGCGCGCGAGGCUACCCGGCCGGCUCCAACGGCUCCUUCCACGACAACGUCAGAGCCCUCCUCGAGUUCGGUCAGCUCGAGACCAACACCAUGUCCAGCUGGUCCUUCCAGCUCGAGGCACGCCGCCACCCGCUGCUGCUGUUUGUGGUCGAAGAGCCCGCCCUCGACUUCUCCUGCCGCCACUGCCGCUACAUAGGUUGGGGGCAUCACAUGAUCUGCAAUAAGAGCUAUCAUUUCGUGCUGCCGUCUGACGAUUACGCCAAGACCAACGCCAUCGACUUGCAUAGAGACACCCACAUCCUGCAUGCUGUCCUCCACUCCAAUGGAUUCGGUCAUCUCCUCUGCAUCAACGCCUCCGCCCUGCCCGGCUACCAGAUCAUGGACUUCUGGGACCGCUUGUGCUCCGGUUUAGGAGCUAGGGAGGUGAGCUUGAGAGAUUCAGCUAAGAAGAAAGGAAUGGAGCUGAGACUGCUCCACGGCGUGGCCUACGGCAGGCCGUGGUUCGGUCAAUGGGACUACAUAUUCAAGCGCGGGAGCUAUGGUGUCGAUCAAGAAAUGUACCAAAAUGCAAUCAAAACCAUCCAAAACAUUCCCCUAACCCUAAUUGCUCAACAAUUUGGAUUGGGGAGUGAGAUUCAAGUAAUACUGUGGCGCUACCAGCAGCUGUCGAGCCACUCUCUGACGACGUUAGGCGAUCUGUUCCAUUUCAUGAUGGAGCUGAAAUCCAGAGUUUCCGAGGAGAGCAGCAGCGGCUCCGGCAGCUACCCGGCCAUCAUGUCGGACGCGUCGUGCCGGUGGUCGCCGAAGCGCGUGGAGAAGGCGAUCCACGUGGUGGUGGAGGCGUUGAAGCGCGCGGAGUUCCAGUGGGUGUCGAGGCAGCACGUGCGGGACGUGGCGCGCGCCUACAUCGGCGACACGGGGCUGCUGGACUUCGUGCUCAAGUCGUUGGGGAACCACAUGGUGGGGAAGUACUUGGUGAGGAGGUGCUUGAAUCCCGUCACCAAAGUGUUGGAGUAUUGCUUGGAGGAUGUUUCUAGAACCUUCUCCAAGCAGGACGCCAAGUUGAGGCCUCAACACAAGAUCACUUGGGCUCAGCUCAUCAACGACUUGCUCUGCGUCUAUUCCAACAUUCUAGUAGAUCCCAAGAGCGGUGCCUUUGCUGCGCUCCCCGUCGCUUCCAGAGUCAUUCUCGACGCCAAACACCUGGCUAAAGACUACCACGGCGAGGCCACGGCGGCGGACGAAGCCAACAAGAAGAAAAUCUACUGCAGGGUGAUCCUGCAGCACAAUGGUGUGGAGGAAGCGGCGACGCCGUACCACUGCUUCUUGGUGAGGAACGGCGCGACGUUCGACGAGCUGAGGCGGCAGGUGGAGAAGACGUUCGGAGAGACGUACCUGGCGCUGAGGAACACGGCGGCGGAGUCCAUCAGGAACAUGAGCCCUCAAGGGUCGGACGCGGUGUUCAAGACGGUUAGGCCGGGUAGUAAGAUCGCGUUCGUGUGCGUGUGCGAGUGCGAGCACCAAACCCCAGAGCCCACGGUCGUCAACUGCGUUUGUGGGACUAGGGAUGAUGAUGGGGAGCGGAUGGUGUCGUGCGAUCUCUGCCGAGCCUCGCACCACACCAGGUGUGUGCGCGUCCCCGACCACCACGCCGUCCCUGAUAUAUUCCUCUGCACCGGAUGCGAACAGGAUAUCCUGCGCAUCCGAUGCUAUGCCACCUCCACGCCUAUCUGACUUGCUCACCACCAUUCAUUCCUUAUCUUAUGCUACAUGUCAAUCAAAAUUAAACCUAUUAUGUUAUGAAAAACACACAAUUGUCAUUAUGUA